AUGAAUCUUGUCAAGGUAGCAAAAUCACGUCUGCAAAUAAAGAGGGAAAAAGAUUGGGAUGUAUUGUUUGCUGAUGUUUCUAAGUUUUGUAGCAAAUAUGAACUGGAUGUGCUUGACAUGGAAGAUGAGUUUGUAGCUCGAAAAAAAGGAAGACGUAGAGCUGAGAAAAUGAAGAACCUCCACUAUUAUCGAGUUGAGCUCUUUUGUUCUGUUAUUGACUUGCAAGCUCAAGAGUUGAAUCAACGUUUAGAUGAAGUCAACACAGACUUAGUUUUAUGCAUGUCAUGUUUUGAUCCUAGGGAUUUAUUUUCUGCAUUUGAUUUGGAGAAGCUGCUUCGUCUUGCACGGUAUUAUCCUUCUGAAUUUUCUGAAGUUGCUUUGUCCGAGCUUAAAAGUCAACUUGAGAACUUUAUUUUCGAUGUGCGCAUAGAUGAAAAGUUUUCACAAAUAUCAGGAAUCAGUGGUCUUGCUCAAAAGAUGGUUUCUACAAGGAAACAUGAAGUUUUUCCAAUGGUUUAUUCAUUAGUUAAGUUGUCAUUGAUCUUACCAGUUGCCACUGCAUCAGUAGAAAGAGCCUUUUCAGCAAUGAAGAUCAUCAAGACUUCUCUACCGGUUUCAGAAGAUGAAGAAUAA